AUGAGCUUUAGCUUUGGUACAACAAGAGAAUUUAACUGUUCCACAUCGUCCACAACGGAGUCUCUGCUUCAGCCUCUGUCUCUGCUUCAGCCUCUGUCUCUGUCUCUGUCUCUGCCUCUGCCUCUGUCGCUGCCUCUGCCUCUGUCUCUGUCUCUGCCUCUGUCUCUGCCUCUGUCUCUGCCUCUGCCUCUGCCUCUGUCUCUGUCUCUGUCUCUGCCCCUGCCUCUGUCUCUGUCUCUGUCUCUGUCUCUGCCUCUGCCCCUGCCUCUGUCUCUGUCUCUGUCUCUGUCUCUGUCGCUGCCUCUGCCUCUGUCUCUGCCUCUGCCUCUGCCUCUGUCUCUGUCUCUGUCUCUGCCUCUGUCUCUGCCUCUGUCUCUGCCUCUGUCUCUGUCUCUGUCUCUGUCUCUGUCUCUGUCGCUGCCUCUGCCUCUGUCUCUGUCUCUGCCUCUGUCUCUGCCUCUGCCUCUGCCUCUGCCUCUGUCUCUGUCUCUGUCUCUGCCUCUGUCUCUGCCUCUGUCUCUGCCUCUGCCUCUGCCUCUGUCUCUGUCUCUGUCUCUGCCUCUGCCCCUGCCUCUGUCUCUGUCUCUGUCUCUGUCUCUGUCGCUGCCUCUGCCUCUGUCUCUGUCGCUGCCUCUGCCUCUGUCUCUGUCUCUGCCUCUGUCGCUGCCUCUGCCUCUGUCUCUGUCUCUGUCUCUGUCUCUGCCUCUGCCUCUGUCUCUGCCUCUGCCUCUGCCUCUGUCUCUGUCUCUGCCUCUGUCUCUGCCUCUGUCUCUGCCCCUGCCUCUGUCUCUGCCUCUGUCUCUGCCUCUGUCUCUGCCCCUGCCUCUGCCUCUGUCUCUGCCUCUGUCUCUGCCUCUGUCUCUGUCUCUGCCUCUGCCUCUGUCUCUGUCUCUGCCUCUGUCUCUGUCUCUGUCUCUGUCGCUGCCUCUGCCUCUGUCUCUGUCUCUGUCUCUGCCUCUGCCUCUGCCGCUGCCUCUGCCUCUGUCUCUGUCUCUGCCUCUGUCUCUGCCUCUGUCUCUGCCUCUGCCUCUGUCUCUGUCUCUGUCUCUGUCUCUGUCGCUGCCUCUGCCUCUGUCUCUGCCUCUGCCUCUGUCUCUGCCUCUGCCUCUGUCUCUGCCUCUGUCUCUGCCUCUGUCUCUGCCUCUGCCUCUGCCUCUGCCUCUGCCUCUGUCUCUGCCUCUGCCUCUGCCUCUGUCUCUGCCCCUGCCUCUGCCUCUGUCUCUGCCUCUGUCUCUGUCUCUGCCUCUGUCUCUGCCUCUGUCUCUGUCUCUGUCUCUGCCUCUGCCUCUGUCUCUGUCUCUGCCUCUGUCUCUGCCUCUGUCUCUGCCUCUGUCUCUGCCUCUGCCUCUGCCUCUGCCUCUGCCUCUGUCUCUGCCUCUGCCUCUGCCUCUGUCUCUGCCACUGCCUCUGCCUCUGUCUCUGCCUCUGUCUCUGUCUCUGCCUCUGUCUCUGCCUCUGCCUCUGUCUCUGUCUCUGUCUCUGCCUCUGCCUCUGUCUCUGUCUCUGCCUCUGCCUCUGUCUCUGCCUCUGUCUCUGCCUCUGCCUCUGUCUCUGCCCCUGCCUCUGCCUCUGUCUCUGCCUCUGUCUCUGUCUCUGCCUCUGUCUCUGCCUCUGCCUCUGUCUCUGUCUCUGUCUCUGCCUCUGCCUCUGUCUCUGUCUCUGCCUCUGCCUCUGUCUCUGCCUCUGUCUCUGUCGCUGCCUCUGCCUCUGUCUCUGUCUCUGCCUCUGUCGCUGCCUCUGCCUCUGUCUCUGCCUCUGUCUCUGUCUCUGCCUCUGCCUCUGCCUCUGUCUCUGUCUCUGCCCCUGCCUCUGUCUCUGCCUCUGCCUCUGUCUCUGCCUCUGCCUCUGUCUCUGCCUCUGUCUCUGUCUCUGCCUCUGCCUCUGUCUCUGCCUCUGUCUCUGCUUCAGCCUCUGUCUCUGUCUCUGCCUCUGUCUCUGCCUCUGCCUCUCAAUAGAGCUGCACGACAUCAGGGCUCGGGAAAAUACGAUUGGAAGCGAAAAGCGUUUUACAUGAAUCCAAUCGCACGCAUUUGUGACGACACAGAAACACUCAGAACAGACUCGGUGACGAUCAAAUGA